AGUACGUUUUUAGCUGCCGUCGAGAGUGGUGGUUGCGUUUGUGUUGCGGCGUGUUUUUGGUGUGUUUGUUAUAUUUUUUAAACAUAAGUCUUGUGUAAAUGCCAGCAAUGUUAAAAGCACAAAUGCAGAAACGCGAUCAUUAAACGAAUUUAAUAAAGAGCGGCUCCUACGAUACGCGAGUUCACGAAAAAGUUCUGCGAAAAAGGUGAUAAGCGCGCAAUUGCCCCUGCCUAGUGAAGAAGUGUACGUAAGAGUGAAACGCAACCAAAAGUGCUACAAAAAAAUCAAUACAAAUAUAAACACAACAAAUAAAGUCAAACAUAUUUAAUAAGCCGCAUUUGUAAUAAAUUAAUUAAGAAAAUGGGCAAACUGCUGAGUCUUUUGUCACGCGACGAUUCAAAUUGUUGCGCCGCCAAAUCCUACGACGUUUUCCUAGACUUUGAGAACGCCGCGCCCACGGAUACGGAGCGGGAAGUGUACGAUGAAGUUGAGCGCGUGCUCAAGGAAUCGGAAGUCGUUUUAGAGGAGAUACAAAUCUAUAAGGGCGCCAACAAAGAAAUACGCGAAGCCAUCGCCGAUCCCUCGCCCGAGGUGCAGGGCAAAGCGUGGUCGGCGGUGCUGCCGCUGGUCAUAAAGCUGAAACGCUGCUACGAGCACUCCCUGGAGCUGGACAAAACAGUGCCCAAGCUGCUGGGCCAAUUGGUUGGCGGCAAACUGAAUCCGACACAGCACCUGGAGACACAGCAGGCGUUGGUCAAGCAGCUGGCCGAGAUAUUGGAAUUUGUGUUGAAAUUCGAUGAGUACAAGAUGAAAACACCCGCCAUACAGAACGACUUCAGCUACUACAGGCGCAUUGUUAGUCGACAGCGCGUGGACUCCACGGAAAACAUGCUGGUCAGCACAGAGCUGGCGAAUCGUAUGUCACUAUUCUAUGCGCAUGCCACGCCCAUGCUGAAGGUGCUCAGCGAGGCCACAUCGAAAUUUGUGAAUGAUAAUGCGGACGAUGUGCAAAAUACAACAGAAACUCUUGGUACAAUGGCCAAAGUGUGCCUGCGAAUGCUGGAGAAUCCUAAACUGCUGCAGCAAAUCGAACGGGAGGAGACACAAAUGCUGGUGCUGCGCGUUAUGGUCGGACUGGUCAUACUCUACGAUCAUGUCCAUCCAGUGGGAGCGUUUGCGCGCGGUGCCCACGUGGACGUGAAGGGCUGUGUGCGGCUACUGCAGGCACAGCCAGCGAUAAAGGCGGAGCCCCUGCUGAAUGCCCUGCGCUACACGACGAAGCAUCUAAACGAGGAGAACACGCCGAAGAAUAUACGCAAUAUGCUGGCCGCAUAAUGGCAGAGUCCGGCGUGGAGCAAGCCAAAUCGUUUUGUUUAUGUGUAAAAUUUGUAACGUUAACUUUGUUUAAAGAUUUAAACGGUUUUUAAUUUAUGUAAUUAAUAGGCUUCUACUACGAGUAUAUAUAUAUAUAGAAAUAUUAUGUUUAAAUUGUGUGAAUGUUGUGCAGAAAGGAGGCAGCAUUUAGUUUUAUUUAUGCAUUUCCAAUAUUUGUCGUAUUAAUUUGUAAUCAUAUUUUGUUCUAUUGUUUGGCGCCUCCUUGUGAAGUAAACAUGCAAAUAUAUAUCAAAAACAACCAGCAACAAAACAAUAUUUAGUUCAUAAUCUAGCACUAAUAUUAAGUAAUGAACAAACCUAUUACAAAUUGAUUAACAAAACAAAUUAGCGCAAAGUAUAAUACGAUAGAAAUAAAUAUCCUAAAUUCCAAUUUCAACUACUAACCAGAGAUUAUAAAUUUAAAUACAUUUUUAAAUAAAAUUUAGCAUAUUUUUUUGUACAUGACUAUAAAUUACAAUUAAUUAUAAAAAAAAAAGAAAAACACAAUACAUACCAACUAAAAUGGCCUGAACAAACUGAACCAUCAAACAGUAAGAAAGCAGAUGCAUUUAUAUUUUCACUCUGAACAAAAGAUUUGAUAAACAUAUUGAACCGAACCUUUGUAUGAUUAUAAAAGAAUGCUGCGCAAUAAUAUUUUAAGACUUACACAAAGAAAUUUAUAAAACUUGUAUUGAAACGAACAAAAUCAAUCAAUCAAGCCAGCGAAACAAAAAUAAACUUAAAACACAGACUAAA